AUGUCUUCACCUUCACGGCUGGUGAUCGACCCUUUGAUCUACUCGUACCCUGAUAAUGGUUCCUCCAGCUCCAGCUCCAGCGGUUCGGGAUCUGAAAAGAAGAAAGGCGAUUCGCUACCUCCAGCAUCGAAACUCAUUCUGAACGCCCAAUCCACGGCUCCUCCUACAACUGGAUGGACUCCUAUGGUAUCGAAAACGCUUUCGGCCGAAAUGAUCUCCCACAACUCCACGCCAAACACCAAGGUUCUUCCGGGUUUCUACAGACAAACAACCGCUAGUGGCAGCAUGCCUACAGCAGGAACAAACGAUAUGGACUUCCCAGUAUUGAACUUGACUCCUUUCCUUACGCACAACUUGAACUUCUUGAAUAACCAGAACUCGGCUGGGAACCCUUCGAGUAAUGUCAACUUCACUCCUUUCUACGAUAAGUCCAUGCAUCUUACUGACUUUUUCAUCGAUUCACCGUUACGUCCAUCUCCACUGAAGGCCGUAGAGACAAUCACUCCUUCAAGGUUUGCCAUGAGCUCGGAAAGAAAGUCUUUGAGCCACACUUUGGAUGCAACAACAUCCACCAAACGUUCUAUUGGCCAAAUUGACACUCCAGCAAGACAUCCAUUCAAGAAGUAUGACUCGCAGGUAGACGAUGAUUCGGAGACGGACAAUGAGGACGAUGAAAACAAGGAUGACAAGCCAUAUGAGGAUAACUUUGUCACCCCUUCCAAGAAGAACGUUUUGAAGGAAACCAGUGGGAAUUUGUUGAACAAAACUCCAUUGAACCAGACCCCUCUUGCAUCGAAGAAGAACAAGAAUGUUUACCAAACUCCAGCAAAGCCAACUCAAAUGUCUUCGCCUUCAACGGUGAUUAUGUCGAGCGUCAACAAACUGCCUGAGGAGCUGAGUAGUAAGGCGAACAUUGUACCUCCAAGCCCUACGCCAAACAAGGAGAGAGGCGAAGGUACUACGGCUAUCAAUUCAGAGCCUGUGAUGGGCAUUUUCUCCGAGAGAAAGUUGAAGCCAAUGGCAGCUGAACCUCCUAAACCUGCAAAGAAGAACAACAAGAAGAACCUGAAUGGUACCAGUAAAUUCCAGAUCGUCUUCACAGAUGUCCACACGCUAAUGAACAGUAAGAAGAAGAAGGAGCCAGAGUUGAAGGACUCGAAAAGCAAAAGAGGGCAGGACAAAAGCAGCCAAAUGAAGAACAGAAACAACUCCCAAAGACCAAGUCAAAGAAACCAAAGGCCCAUGCGUCAUCAACAGGAGCAGGCACCACAUCAGCAUCACCAACAGCUCAAGCAGGAUCUGCCGCAUUUGCAUCAACAGAACCUACAACAGCAGCCUCCGCCGACCUUUGCGUUUCAGCACACGUCGUCUUCGCUCUCUGCAUCCCAAGACUACAACUCAACCAUGAACUCUUCAAGAGAAUUUAGCAUGUUAGGAGUGAACUCCUCACAAAACACUACGGGGGCUAACCUCAACUUUUCUGCAACAGAGCACACCUCGUUCGAGCUCAAUAACGCGGGUAUGGCUUCGACGCCUAACAGGAAGUAUCUUUUAGAUAAUUCGUUUGAUAAAGCAUCUCCUCAGGCGAUCAACCAAAUGACAUCGUCCUUUCACCAAGUUCAAGUUCGACAGAUGGAAGAGCAUCACCAAGAAGGGAUGCCUCCACCGAAACACUUGACUCUUCAACACGCUGCUCAACAGGCUUUGAGAAACCCAGACCAAUCGCAUCCACCACAAAUGGGCAUGAACAUGAUGAUGAGCACUCCACAGCAUUCGAGCAUCAACAACAACGCCUUCAUGGCUGAAGAUUCUCCUAGUAAUAGAGAGCCUAUGGCCCUUCUAUAUCAGCAUCUUCACCAGUAUGAACAAGCGAUGCAACCGAAUGAGCCCGGUCAUGGCCACAAGUGA